UCACAGAGUCUAAUGAAUGCAUUUCCGACUGCUAGCCCUGAGGAAAAGAGGUACAAUCUCGAGCAUCUGGUUCAACGAGCGUUGAACAGAGAGUCCAGAUUCAUCUUCUUGAUGUCCUGUGGAAUGCGAUGAUGGCAAACGCAGGCUCGGCGAUGAUCAGGUCUUGGCUGGAUCUCCUAAUGGCACCAGAGUUCCUUCUCGGUUGCGCCAUUGAAAGAUCGGAAGAGCAUGCCGUUCAGGUGUCUGAUAAUGUAAAGGAACUGGGUGUGGGACGGACUAGCAAACCAGUUAGCGUGACUGGCUCCUGGCAACCGCCUACGUCACGUCCCUUCCCGACAUGAGGAUGCAUGUCGGUGCGAUGAGGUAGUGCUUUCCAUGGGUUUCACCAACUCAUUCAUAGCAGCAUAUAAACCGUUGGCUUUCAUGCUUGGCAGCUCUUUUGUUGUAUUCCACAAACUGACCCGAGAGAGAGUCGUGAACCAUACCGUCACCACCACCAACAACUACAGCACCUCACUCUAGCAAGGAUAUUUCCACGGCCAGCAUGGAGACCAUUAGCACUAUCAAAGACGCCGCUACCAAGGCUAUUUGGGGCGAUCCCGAAGCCCACAAGGAGCCAGUCUCUGGACGCAUGGGCAACACCGCUGCUGGCGAGCCAUACGAUGCCGGCAACAUUGAAUCAACCUCUACUGCUCUCAAGACCACCAAUCCCAACCCGGAAGUCGAACCUAUCAACACUCCUCUGAAGACAGAGAACACGGACAAGGUUGUCACCAACGCCGAGUUCAACAAGAACGCCAACCCCUCAGCUACUAGUGUUGAGCUUCCCCCGGCCACGCCCUCCGAGAAGCCCAGCGCCACGACCACCGCCGUCACAACCAAGGACGAUGCCGAUUCCAGCAAACCAGACACCAACCCCGCCGCGGCCCAGCCGUCAUCCAAUAUCCCGGGCGACUCGACCCACGCUCAGAACGACACUCGUGCUCCCACUAACCCACUUGCGGUUCACCACUCCGUCGGCGAGACCGGCAAGCCUGAUGCAAAGAAGAAUGUUGACGACAGCGGUGAUGGAGUCGACAAGUCUGACAACCCCGUCAAGAUCGAUGGUCCUGGCCCACGACCCUUGGAGGUGGUAGCCAAGGAGCAUGGUGGUGAUGCCGGUGCUAAGGCUAGAGAUGAGAGGAAGGGACAGAGGUCAAGCAGUGUCGACACCCAAGAGGACCACGAAGAUGGGACGGGGGAGCUGUAUGUUCGUAGCAGUGGGCUGAAGGCUGAUGGCGGUGACUUUGAUGCUGCCGCGCCGGGUGCUGGGAAGGAGGCGGAUCGUCUUAUGGAGGAAGAGAAGCGCCACCCCCACCACCGUGAGACAACCACGGACAAGCACAGUGAUAAGAAGCACCACAUCUCUCUGCCCCACCAUAAGAAGAAGGACAGCGGGUAUGAGCAUGGUGUUGAGGAUGGGAAGGCCAAGGAGAGUGUUGCGGAGGACCACACUGGGAAUGGGUCUGCUACCACGACCCAUGACAAGCAUGUUCCUGAGGAGGAGGUUGUGCACAAUUGGGACUUGAAGUCGACGAAGCCGGCGGAUUUGGAGCACAAGGAGAAGACGAGCUUGAAGGAGAAGAUUAAGCAGAAGUUGCACCGGGGGUCUGUUGGGUCUAACUAAGGUGGUGAUGAAUGAAGAAUGAUGCUGCCAUGGGAUAAGGUUGAUGACUUGCGGGCUAUGAAGUUAUGAGUAUCUUUAUUCUUGUUUUUUUCUCUUUCUGUAUCAAUAUCCCCAGCUAUCUGUCUUGGAGUCUUGAUCAAAUAAAAGAGCAUUUCCUUCAAAUAA